AUGCAGGCAGCCGAAGAAGUGGAAGAAGUCCAAGAAGUGAAUAUGUUGGACAGCAUUAUCUUUGAAAACUGCCCUUUAUCCUAUCAACUUUGUGAUUCACUAAUUGAUUUAGAAAAUAUCAGUAUGUCUAAUGAUGGGACUAACGAGUUAUUUUCUGCAUCAAUUGUAGGAAACCCAGCUGAAGUACAAUGGAAGCUAAAGUUUGAACAACUUCAGCCAGUGACAAAACCACUUAAACCUUCUGGAGAGCAGACCCCAUCCUUGGACCUCAAGCCUUUACCAGCCCAGCUGAAAUAUGCAUUUAUGGGUCCUCACCAAAAUUUUCCAGUGGUAAUCUCUUCUCACUUAACUGAUAGUCAAGAGAGAAAAUUACUAGAGGUCCUAACUAAACACAAAAAGGCUAUCGGAUGGACUUUGGCUGAUAUUAAGGGUAUUAACCCUUUAGUUUGUACCCAUAAGAUUUAUUUGGAAGAGGAUGCCAAACCAGCUAGGGAAAUGCAAAGGAGGCUUAACCCCACAAUGAAGGAAGUAGUCAAAACUGAAGUACUUAAGUUGUUGGAUGUGGGAUAUUAUCAGAUUGAAAUAGCUCCUGAGGACCAAGAGAAAACUCCUUUUACCUACCUUUUUGGGACUUUUGCAUUUAGAAGGAUGUCAUUUGGACUGUGUAAUGCCCCAGCCACCUUCCAACGAUGCAUGCUUAGUAUUUUCAGUGAUUUAAUUGAAAAUAGCUUAGAGGUAUUUAUGGAUGAUUUCUCUGCUUUUGGAAGCACUUUUGAGAGCUGUUUAACUAACUUGCAAGCUGCUUUGGCCAGGUGUGAGGAGAAAAACUUACCGCUCAACUAG